AGAAUACCUUCGAAGGAAGUUGGCCGCCAGGUACAGAGAGUUCGUCGGUUGUAGGGCUCAGCGUCGAUUUCUUGUCUAUUUAUGGACCAGCCCGUUUGUUUUAGGAGAUAUGCAUAAUCUUGACGCUGGCCGUCUGCUUUCUGCAAUGAACGACGCGCUCGUUCAUCUCAGGAACGCGAAGAAUUUGCCCACUUACUUAUCGAAUGGAACACAACCUCUCUUUCAAGUGAACGAGCCGCACGACAAACGACUGUUAUUUCCUUUACACGAAUUGGUGCUUAGCUUUAUCGAAAUCAAAAGCAGCAUUGAGCGUCGACUUCAGAUCACAACAGAAGAAGAUGCUGCUGAUACGCUUGCCUUCUGUACUCGAGUGGACAGCGAGAAAAGAGUGGAAAAUAUACUUUUGGCCUUGAAGAACCAGUUCAAAGUUGAAAGCAGUGAGCGCCACAGGCAGCUCGCUCAGGGUCUGGAAGUCAAGACAGGAGUUGUUGACGAGCUUGAAGUCAUGUUUCAAGACAGUAUUUAUCGAAGAAAUAAUUUUGAAGAUGCCGCGAGUUGUACUGGAGUCACAAAAGCUGCACUUUAUCACGAGGGCGCGAUAUUAUUGUCCAGGCAGCUUGAACACCUCAGGUUGGAGCUUUAUCAUUUCAGAAAAGAACACGCGGAGAAAGAGGCUGCCCUCAUCAAGAAGGCGAGCAAUGAUGAAAAAAAACAAAGCGAACACCUAUAUCUCUAUGAUGCGGAUCUAGCAAGCAAGGAUUCGCUCCUCGUCAAUGAGAAACUGAGCUAUGAUGCAGCUGCAAGCGAACUGAAAAAGAAUGUAUUCUAUUUGCAAAAAUCAUGACGUGAAACCAAAGCUGACUUAUUUCGUGGCCUUUACGUUGUUGAAAGUAUCCAGAUUUUAGCGACGUUGGUUAGAGCUGAUGAUAUAUGUAGCUUUCUGAUUUAUCGACCACCUACUCUUAUUUAUUUCGUCCCUUGUGUUAUUCUACGUUUCCAGUCAACGUACAUUUUUAUACUUGUAGACCUUGUACCUUUCUCUGAGUACUAUGUAGCCUUGGUGGCCAGGUUAGGUCAUGCACAACUCGAGAGUGAUGUUGCACCGCAUCCACAUCCUGAAGUUGCAUACUUAAUUGCUGACGUCUACGAUUUGUUAGUAUGCCUGAGUUCAUAAACCCUUUCGAAUACCCGAAGUGCUGCAAAAUCUUCGCGAAUGAAGCACAGUACAUGAGUACAUUUUCUCUUACAUUUUCUCUCAGCUUUCUAUGUAAGGCAGCGUCAUCCAUGAUCUAAUCUGUGGAUGUGAUGAUAUGAGCCAAGUAUAAGAACAAUUUCAACUGCGGAAUCUAUGCUCACUGUACACGGCUACACCCCAGUACUAUGAAUGAUUCC